UGUAGCCAAGCAGCCUAAACCAGUUCCCUACGACAUCGCAUCCGAAUACCAUGUCCGCGUUGUUGAUAAUACUUGCACUCACGCCGCUGUUCCUAUUCAUAAUCUACGUUAAACAAAAAUACGCCUACUGGGCUCGCCGAAAUGUACCGUUCCUAAAACCCCACUUCCCGUAUGGAAAUUUCGAAGCCCUGGACCGCAAAUCCAUUGCGGAUGUUGCGCGCGAAGCCUACGAGGAGAUGAAGAACCGUGGACCCUUCUACGGGGCGUACUUCUUCCUGCAACCGCUGAUCACCAUCACCGAUCCGGACCUGAUCAAAAUGGUACUCAUCAAAGAUUUCAACACGUUUCCGGAUCGUGGCUUGUACUUCAACGAACGGGACGAUCCACUUUCGGCGCACAUGUUCGCCAUCGAAGGUAACAAGUGGCGGUCGCUAAGGCAACGGCUAUCGCCAACGUUUACUUCCGGGAAAAUGAAGAUGAUGUUUCCAACGCUUGCUGCGGUGGGAGACCAGUUUUCCGCGUUUUUGGAUGAGGAGAUCGGAUCCGGGAAAGUGGUGGAAGUUAAAGACUUUAUGGCGAAGUUCACGACCGAUAUCAUAGGAAGUUGUGCUUUUGGGAUUGAAUGUAAUAGUUUCAAAGAUCCGCACGGUAGAUUUAGACAGUUUGGCAAAAUGGUAUUCGAAACUCCAGUACAUGGAUCGCUGGUAAGGUUUGCGUUGAAAUCGUUUCCGGAGAUUAGUAGACGGCUGCGGAUUAAGGCUUUGCAUGAAGAAGCAAGUAAGUUUUUCUAUGGAGUUGUGGAGGAUACGGUGAAGUACCGAGAGAAGAACGGCGUCGAAAGGAAGGAUUUCUUGAGUUUGCUGAUCGAUAUGAAGAAGGAUGGAGUAGAUUUCACCAUGGAUGAAAUCGCUGCGAAUUCGUUUAUAUUCUUUGGAGCUGGGUUUGAGACUUCUUCUUCGAAUCAAACGUUCUGUUUGUAUGAGUUGGCCCGCAAUCCAGAAUGUCAAGAUAAAGCCCGGCAGAGUGUUUUAGAUGCUUUGCGGAAUCAUGGAGGAAUGACUUACGAUGCCGCAUGCGAUAUGCAGUAUCUCGAUCAAUGCAUAAAUGAAACACUUCGAUUGUAUCCAUCUGUCCCGGUUCUUGAACGGAGAGCUUUCCAGGACUACAAAAUCCCUGGACACGAUGUAGUAAUCCCCAAAGGAAUGAAAAUCAAUAUACCGGCAUAUGCCAUUCAACGAGACGAACGGUUUUAUCCUGAUCCAGAUGUGUUCAAUCCAGACCGAUUUCACCAAAAAGAAGUAGCCAAAAGACAUAUUUGCACCUUUAUACCGUUUGGAGAAGGUCCAAGAAUCUGCAUCGGACUACGUUUCGGAAUGAUGCAGUCAAGAGUAGGCCUGGCUACAAUAUUGAGCAAAUUUCGCAUCAGUAUUUGCUCGGAAACGGCCAACCCAUUAGAGUACUCCAGCAAAACCUCGGUGCUGAUACCGAAAGAAGGCUUGUGGCUGCGAGUUGACCCACUGUAGAAACUCAUUGCAACAGUAAUCGCUAAAGUAUUCAGAGAUAUGCAACAAUAAAGAGUCAUAAACUGUAAACA